UUUUUGUCUCAACACAACAUGCUGCGUGUUCUGGGUGCUGUAUGCUUGAAGAUGUCUAAUGCUGCUUGUGUGGUUGUUGGACCGUAUCUGCUUAGUAGUGUGUAAAUACCAGGAAGGCUCUCAAGCUCUUAGCAACCUCUCACAGUGGCAUUUCAUAAUGUUUACUGGUUACAAAGGCAGCCGAACAGAUGAUCCUGACAGCGGCCUCUCUGAUUCACUACCACCCCUUCAACUGUUCAUUACAGGCUGUAGAGGUGUGUGCCGAGAGACCCCAGCAUGCGUGAAUAUAAGCUUGUGGUCUUGGGCUCGGGAGGUGUGGGGAAAUCUGCACUGACAGUGCAGUUUGUUCAGGGAAUAUUUGUGGAAAAAUAUGACCCCACAAUAGAAGACUCGUAUAGGAAGCAAGUAGAAGUGGAUGGGCAGCAAUGCAUGCUAGAAAUCCUUGACACAGCAGGCACAGAGCAGUUUACAGCGAUGAGGGAUUUGUACAUGAAGAACGGACAAGGCUUCGCUCUGGUCUACUCCAUCACAGCACAGUCCACCUUUAAUGACCUUCAGGACCUGAGAGAACAGAUCUUAAGAGUCAAAGACACAGAGGAUGUGCCAAUGAUUCUGGUGGGGAAUAAAUGUGAUCUGGAGGAUGAGAGAGUUGUAGGGAAGGAGCAAGGCCAGAAUCUUGCUCGCCAGUGGAAUAACUGUGCCUUCCUAGAAUCCUCCGCCAAAUCAAAGAUCAACGUCAAUGAGAUCUUCUACGACCUGGUCAGACAGAUUAAUAGAAAAACGCCGGUGGAAAAGAAGAAAGCCAAAAAGAAGUCUAAUUGCACACUGCUCUAAAAUGCACAUACACACCCUACCAAGCAGCAGUUCUGAGCCAGAAUGCUGAGAUGAAGACCUGUUGCCCUACUGGCCAGCAUUCCAGCCCCAUUCAGUAGUUCUUGGAAACAACGUUGGCAAAGGCAGAACAUGUUUAAGACUCACUCCUCAGCUUACAGAAAGGAGUGAAGAGAAGUUUACCUUCUCACAUGUUCAACAUUUUUGCUUUUUCUUCCCAAAUAAACUUAACUUUUCCUCUCUCCCCCAAACCCCCCACCCCCAGAUAUGAUACAUGAUAAAACAGAAAUGAAUUGUCUUUCUUGAGCUUUUACAAGUUUUUGCAAUUGCGAUUUUUAAAGAAGGACUAUAGGAACCGGACUCUUGUGGAUUCAUUUGGGGGAAGUGGGUAACAUGCUGUUCAUUAAUACAUUUCAGAAACACGACCACAUUUAAAAAUAAUCAUAUUAAUGUUUGCAAAAGUUUAAUCAUGAUCGUAUACUAGACUUUUUUUUUUGUUGUUGUUGUUUUAUCCCCAUCUUCAUGACCAAGCCUCCUCCUCCUUGCUAAUGUGCACUCCAGAAGUACGUCUGGGGCUAUACACGCUACACACUUCUCCCUAUUCAACCGGACCAGCUCAUCAAGUAACAUGUUUUUGCCCAAAUUACUUUUUUGUAGUUGAACUGUCAUCAUUUUUCAUAUUUCCCAUAAUUUAUGAUAAAUUCUGUUUUCUGCAUAGAAAAGUUUUGGGAAAUGGUUCUUUUUAAUAAGAGAUGGGCAGAAAUAACAAAUGGGUUUCUUUGUCUCAUGCUGAAAAAUAUAUUGUACUAAAACCAACUCUAAUUACUUUGUGUUGUCCUAUCAUGCUCAAAGUGGUAAUUUUUUCAGCUUUUAUGAACAAUUAAAUUUUAGUACAUUUUCAUUAAGUUUUUGGUCUUUUGUAUUUUGUUAAAUCUCCCUCCCCCCUACUUGGAUCUGUGAUCUUUUGUGCCUGUAUAGGAGAAGAAUGAAAAUCAGUCUAUAACAGUGUUGACUUCUCCAUCCAUAACCAAUAAUUGUUUAAUAGCUCUGCAUUGUCAAGAACCAAAUAACCAUACAAAAGAAAGAAUAUUUUCACAUAUGUUUGAUUUUACACUUUCCUUCCUGAUGAUUUCCUCCAUAUUGUCAUGGUGAUAUGCUUAAUUUUAUUAAGAUUAUUAUUUUUUGCCUUGUUCAUAAUCAUUUCUGCUCUUUUAUGUUGAUUUAAAUAAAUGUAUUUCAUAUUGAGUGUA